ACAAAAACCCAGAAGCAAGAGCAGAUUAGCAAAGGCUUGCCUUGGAUUGCAUGUGCUUAGGAAAUAUUAGCCUGCAGGCACCUAAUGUUCAGCUUCUGUGCCCCCGGGCUAUAGAGCAGGAUGAGAAGAAUGCAUGGCACACACAGAAAGACUGGAUUACCUUUGGAUAUAUUCAUAGUUUACCAACUGCAGUCACUGCAGAGGAAGUGAGUACACAAGUGGUGGAGAAUUAAAGAUCCGGAGAUGAAUGUACUGGGUUAGGACAUGAAGCGUUUGCAGCUUUGGCUGUCAAGGAGACAUCAACUCCCAUCUGAGCAGGAUGAAGAGGAGGAGGGUGAGAAAGAGGUCUUUGCUUCUGGUUUUGGUGUAUGUGACAUUACUUCUUCUGCUCCUGUCCAUGCUCAUGCAUAAUGAUUGGUGGACUGUGAAUAGCAAACAUUCUGGACAUGAGAGUAAAGUAAGCAGGGAAAGGUCUCUGCCUCGGCUAUUCCCCAAAUUGGAUUCCUCAAUAUGGGAGACAGAACCAGAGGAGGAGGGAAGUCCAGCUCCUGGUUCCCCACCACCUCGUACACAUGUCUAUGUACACGCCACCUGGCGCAGUGGGUCAUCAUUCCUUGGGGAACUCUUUAACCAGCACCCUAAUGUAUUCUAUCUAUAUGAGCCUGCCUGGCACAUGUGGCAGUCACUGUACCCAGGAGAUGCAGAAAGCCUGCAGGGGGCACUGAGAGACCUUCUAAGCUCUCUAUUUCGCUGUGACUUCUCAGUUCUUAAGCUUUACAGCGGGGAAAACCUAACUACCUCAGGACUUUUUGGUGGGAGAAGCAACAAGGUCAUCUGCAGCGCCCCAUUCUGCAAUCAUGAAAGGGAGUACUCUGCCUUUUCAUCCACUGCUGGGGGGGCCAGAGACAAAGUGGGUCUUGUAGAACCAGGAGAUUGUGAGAAAAAAUGCCCAGCCCGCAGCCUUAAGGAUUUGGAGAGGGAAUGUCGACGAUACCCGGUUGUAGUGAUUAAGGAUGUACGGUUGAUGGAAGUGUCUGUGUUGCGGCCACUCCUGAAAGACCCAGAACUUAAUUUGAAAAUCAUACAGCUAUUUCGUGAUCCACGGGCUGUGCACAACUCACGGCUUCGUUCCAAGAGAUCACUGCUGCGGGAGAGCUUGCAAGUUUUGCGAAGUCGCUUACGAGUAGGAGACCCAGCAAUCAAGGCCCAGCAGCAACAACAGCUGCACCGAGGGGGAGCAGAUUACCUGUUAGGUGGGGCUCUGGAAGUGAUCUGCCAGGCCUGGCUGAGAGACCUGUUGCUCCUUCGUGGUUCUGGUCCUGUGUGGCUCCGCAAGCGUUAUCUUAGACUGCGCUACGAAGACCUAGUCCUAAGACCACAGGAAGAGCUGGGUCAUCUUCUCCGCUUUGUUGGUCUGCCGUCCAUGGCUGAACUGGAUGACUUUGUCGUGAACAUGACCAGGGGGUCGAGUUACUCCUCUGACAGGCCUUUCCUUGUGUCAGCAAGGGAUGCCCGAGAAGCGGUGAACGCUUGGCGGGAGAGACUGAGCAGAGAUCAGGUGCGCAGAGUCGAGGAAGCCUGUGGGGAAGCUAUGUCAGUGCUGUCCUAUAGGCCAGAUAUGGAGUAG